AUGGACAUGCUGCUCGUUUCGUCGCCCUUUCCGCGAGCCUCGCUCGCCCCGACAUCGGCGCGCACGUCGCUGCGCUCCUCACAUGCCGGCCGGCCGUUGCUAGCCGCCCCCAGGCGUGUGUCGCUGCCUGGGGGCCCGGCCGCCAGCAGCAAAAGGGGGAGGGGCGCAGUGAGGGUAGUGGCGGAGGUGGGGGAGGCGGAAAUGGAGAGGGGGAGAGCCGCCAUGCGCCAGUGGUGGCAGGCGCAGCAGGCGGCCAAGGCAGGGCAGCGGAGCGGCCAGGGGGCGGUGGCCGUGGCGGACGGGGAGGGGGAGGGGGCGCAGGCGAGCAUGGAUGCUGCGCGCGCUGAGAUGAGGGCGUGGUGGGCGGCACAGCAGGCGGGCAAGGGCGAGAAGGCGGGUAUGGAUGCUGCCCGCGCGCAGAUGAGGACGUGGUGGAUGGAGCAGCAGCAGGCCAAGGCCAUGGAUGCGGCGCGCGCAGCCAUGAGGCAGUGGUGGGCGGAGCAGCAGCAAGGCAAGGCCAUGGAUGCAGGUCGUGCGGAGAUGAGGCAAUGGUGGGUGCAGCAGCAGCAGGGCAAGGCCAUGGAUGCAGCGCGCGCAGAGAUGAGGCAAUGGUGGGAGCAGCAGCAGCAGGCCAAGGUGGGGGCAGCAGCUGCAGCCGGCAUGGAACAGGGCCGAGCGGAAAUGAGGGCCUGGUGGGUGCAGCAGCAGCAGGGCAAGGCCAUGGAUGCAGCGCGCGCAGAGAUGAGGCAAUGGUGGGUGCAGCAGCAGCAGGGCAAGGCCAUGGAUGCAGCGCGAGCAGAGAUGAGGCAAUGGUGGAUGGCGCAGUUGGCGGCGAAACAGGCGGCGGUGGAGGAUGAGUCGCGCGCCCAGCUCAACGCAUG